GGCGUGGCUUCUUUGCCUCCGCCUCUCCGGGCAGCUGUCGAGGGGGUUCCGCUGGGUCGUCUCCGCCGGGCCUUGGAGGCCCCUCGCGGGAGAGGCGAUGCAGUCUCCGAGUGCCCAGCAGCCCCCCCCUGCGCCGCCGCCGCCACCACUCUAUGCGGCUAAUAACGGAGAUUUCACCUUCGUCUCCUCGGCCGACGCUGAAGAACUUAGUGGUUCAAUAGCCUCUCCUGACGUGAAGCUCAAUCUUGGAGUAGGAAGUGGAGAAUUUAUUAAAGAAUCUACUGCAACUACAUUCUUAAGACAGAGAGGUUAUGGCUGGCUUUUGGAAGUAGAGGAUGAUGACCCUGAAGAUAAUAAACCACUCUUGGAGGAGCUAGACAUUGAUCUGAAGGAUAUAUACUACAAAAUUCGGUGUGUCUUGAUGCCGAUGCCUUCACUUGGAUUUAAUAGACAAGUAGUUAGAGAUAAUCCUGACUUCUGGGGUCCACUGGCAGUUGUCCUAUUCUUUUCAAUGAUCUCAUUAUAUGGGCAGUUCAAGGUUGUAUCCUGGAUUAUAACUAUUUGGAUAUUUGGAUCCUUGACAAUCUUCCUGUUGGCCAGAGUUCUUGGAGGAGAGGUGGCAUAUGGCCAGGUUCUUGGAGUGAUUGGAUAUUCCUUACUUCCUCUUAUUGUAAUAGCACCUCUGCUCUUGGUGGUUGGAUCAUUUGAAGUUGUUUCUACUUUAAUAAAACUUUUUGGAGUCUUUUGGGCUGCAUACAGUGCUGCUUCAUUAUUAGUUGGAGAAGAGUUUAAGACCAAGAAGCCCCUCCUGAUCUAUCCCAUCUUCUUAUUGUACAUUUAUUUUUUGUCCUUGUAUACCGGGGUGUGACCUGAAAUACUGAAUUGGAACAGGAAUAGUCUUGCUUACUAUGAAGACUGAUGAAAUGUCAGACUGAUGAAAUACAGCCCAACUGAAAGGAGAAAUGACUGAAUCAUGCCUUGUUGUCAAGGUUUCAAAAAGUGGUCAACUUAAAUAUAUCUCUGUACAUUAUUUAAACAGGUCUAGUUAUGUUACAGAUUUAUAACAGAGUUUUGGGUUUCAAGACAUCUUAGUUUGUUGAACAAGAUAAGAACAAUGUGUUUAUGAGCUGAAGUAGCAGAAUUGCAGCUUGUUACCUGUGCCAAAAGCAGCAGGGCCCAAUGAUAGGCAUAGUAAGCAAAGGAGAAUUCUAAUUAUUGGUAGUAGUUUGAAAAUUCAGUUUUUGUGUUCUGCACAGCAAAUUUUUAGAUAUUUAUAAAUCAGUCCUGAUUAAUCAGACUAAACUGUAAACAUGACAUAAAUGUGGUGCCUCACAUACUUUUCAUUUGGCUAUUUGCUAUAAAUUCUUUUAAAAAGUGUUUUUAUGUUAUCAUCUAUACGUACCUUUAGGAUAUUAAGAGAUUUUAUAGACUGCAUAACAACGUGAAGAUUCUAGUGUUUAAAUUAGUUCUUAUGUUUAAUUAUUAGUGUAUGUUUGCAAUAGGACAUUUUAAAAAAUGUUAAUUUUUUAAAAAUUCAGCAAGGUUUUCUCUUCUUUCACCUGCAGCUUUGUGGUAGUGGUAACAAGGAAGUGGGGAGAGAAGUUAAAUAAAACUUAUGUUUCUGAACAGUGUCUUACAAUAGAAUAAACAAAGCUUCUCCCAAACUGUACUCUGUUUUGACUUAAUACUGUUCAGUGUGGCAUAGAUUUUUUUGUAAAAUUAUAUUCUAAAGUCUUGACUGAAGAAUGAGAGCAUUUGAACUUUGCUUUGCAAUACAAUCAGUUUUUAUUUUGAUGACCUGGUUAUCAUGACUUGUUCAAUGUCCUUCAGCAUUUCCAAGGUUUUCACAGAUUUAACUUAAUAUGAGACACAAAGAAAAGUAGAUUCCUGCAGUAAAAUUGUUUGUUGAACUGGGAGCCACUAGUAUAAAUAUGGACAUCGUUGAGGGAUUGAAUGGGAUGUCUCCUAAUGUGCACUUCUAUUCAUAUUCUUACAGUUACUAAUUUCCUAACAUCUUUGUUUUAUGUGACUAGAGGUUGACUAUUAGGAAAGCUGAAAAGAUUAACUUGGUCUUGCAAAACUGCUACUUAUGUUACUGAGCUGGCCUUUUAGUUGAACGAAUAACAAGUCAACUACUAGACAUCAGACUGCUACAGAAAUCUCUGAGUUUCAUUGAAAGCCCCUUUAUUCUAAUUUAAAUUCAGACAUACUACUUAAAUUAUACAGUGCUCACUAUCUUAAAGACAUCUUGUCCUUUAGUCUCUAUAGAUUGAUGAUAUUUGACAUCUUAAAAUUGGUGUGUUAAUUCUUAGUGGUGGUAAUCUUCUGAGUAACUUUUUCUGUAGCAAACUGUACAAUGUGAUUGUGAUAUCACAAGAUUUCUGCUACAAAUGAAGUGAAAUUAUCAGUCCUAAACAUUCCUUCUGUCAUUUAUAAAUUACUAGUGUUUAUGUCAUGCCCUUUGAAGAUUCAGGUCUUCAAAAUUUCCUUUCAUAAAUGUGCUCUUCCACAUCAACCCCCAUGACCAAAAGAGAAACAUGAGAAGACUUCAUAUAAGUACUUUCUAUGAAAUUGCUUCAGACAUGAGCAAAAUCUUACCAUAUUUGCCUCUAAUUCAUGAAAAAGCACAUUGUAUAAACAUCUUGUUAAAGCUUUGAAGGUGCUCAACCCUACUAGCACAGCUUACUACAAUCCUCUGGUAACAGUUUUCAGAACCAUGGCUAACUCUCUAAGUUUCUAUGACUGCCCCUCUUUUUAAUAAGAAAAAUGAAUUGGCAUGUAGGUAAGUGACAAAGGAGAAGGCUACAUCAAAAGAAGUACACCAAAAUAUUAUAAUUGCUUACAAUUAAAACAUUAAUUCACUUUAGUUAACUAUUUAAGACUAGUAUUAGAGCCCAGGACUUUGACUGCAAUUCUGACUGUCCGUUUGCAAUAUGUAUAGUAUGGCUAUAAAAUAACAGUAUGAAUAUUUCCACCAAGGAAUGGUGAUGAAGAGAUGUAUUUAUUUGGCUUAUCAAACCAAUUUAAGAAUUAAAUACAUUUGGUACAGUUAUCUGGCUCCUUUAAAGCAGUCGUCCUCUGAAGCCUUCUCUCCAGAAUACUGUUUGGAUUAGUGUACAUUUGCAUUGAGUGUGACAGGUCUUCUCAUAUGAACAGAACUCAUAUGAACAGAAGCUCAAUGUUUCGGACGAUUCCACUUCUCUGCCUAUCCUAUGCAAAGAAAAUGAUAUGUCUACAGUUAUUAAAUAUUAGCAGUAGCUUGUUUAUAGCAUUAUAUUCAGUUCCUGUUCUUAAACAUGUAUGUAAAUAUAGCAUAAAAUGUAUUUUAUAAAAAUUUCAAACUGAAAUUUGUUUGCAGAAUGCAUAUAAAGGUUAUUUAGUACUCACGAAACCAAGGGAUGUAUCCACAUUUCAUAUGUUGAAUUUCUGUGUUUCUAAGUAUGUAAAUAAAUUUUCAGGUUUAUUCAAAGGUA